AUGGCCUCCGCCUCUGACCAGUCUCGCCUCGACAAGAUCAACGCCUACUACCAGAACAGUCCAGACCUGACCGAAUACAUUGGCCACUCAGAAGACACUGCAUCCACGACCCUCGAGGAAAACAUCAAAGACCUACAAGUGACGGAGACCGAUAAAGAAGAGGCUUGCCGAAGAGAGUUUCUGAACAUCGGUGGACCAGAAGUGAUACGCAACAGCAAGCAGCAGAAGAAAGAAAAGCCGAAAGUUAAACCAAAUCAAAAUGCCAGCAUCACCGACAAGGUAGCCAAGGAGUCCUCCGACUCGAACGCAUCCUCGCACGAGCUCCACGAUGACGGCAACCAAGCUACAUCCGGUGGCAGCGUUGGCGCUGCGGCACACAAGGCCAACCCUGGACCGGUCAAGGCAGACAACCUUCCCACACCUGCGAGCAAGGAUGAACUCAAGAAGAGGGCUGAGGAACUGAACAAAUAG